AUGAAAAAUCACGAGUCGAACGUCUCGGAACGGUUCGUCGAUUUCUUUUCGCGAGUCGUCUGCUGGCUGUGGGAAACCCUCGACAAGUUAUUGGACAUCUUUCUCGAUUUCCUGGCGAGGUUAAUCGAGCUUACACUAGCGGUGAUGAACCUGAUUUUCCAGGUGAUCUGCUACCUACGGGACCUCUGCAUCGAGGCCAUGCAAACGUUCGCUAACGUCUUCCGGGGAAUCGUUAACGUCGUUUCGAACAUCACCCGCGAAGAGGUCGAGGAAUUCGCGACCGCGUGUAUCGUCGUUCUCCUUUGGAUAGGAGCCAUCAAGAUCGUCAGGAAUUUGUUCAAACGAAGCCCUGGAAUCAACAUGUUCCGUCUCUUUGGCCAACGACGCGCGGCGAACGUAAAUAAUAACAAUAAUCUAGCAGCUGCGAAACUCGGACAGUGUGUUUGUCCCGUAAGAAAAAGGACAAAGAGGAGGAAUAAUCGGCGUAACGUGAAACGUCGUCCACAGGCCGAUCUCACGGAAGAAGAAUAGAUGUGCUAAAAUAAAAUAGAAGACGAGGAUGCCAUGUAGGAGGGCUCAUCUCAUUUCUUUCUCUAACUAAUCUGAAGGUCAACUCAAAUCCA